UUAAAGGUAACCAAAAUUGAAACAAAGUUCACAAGUUUAUAAAACACAAAGCACUCAUAAGAAAGCUGUCAAUCCUUUAGAGCUCCAAAUCAGUAGCAGUCUAUACCUCGUUUUUAGCACACAAUCAUCAAACAAAUCAUCAAAAUUUUUAUAUUUCGCUAAGAUAUUCUGGCAGCGUUAGUUUUCGUGAACUCAAAGGAAAGCCCCCAAGAGGAGUUAAAAACUUUACGAACCGUGCCGCAUCGUAAACUUCCUAAUUUCGGCCAGAAUUUCUGGACGUAUGCGAGAUAUGCAGCCGUUGAGAAUGCUGAUCCACUGCCUGGCUACUAAGCAGGUACAGAUGAUUACCCAAAUACGUCGGUCCAGUGGUGGCAGCAGCUAUCCGGAGGUGGUCUUUCCCGACGACCAGGACAUCGAACCGGAAGAUGAACAAGAAUUGAUGGAUCCUCAGUAUCCGAUCCUUCACGGCCGUCACACCGAUCUCUUCUACAUGCCGCACUGCGUGGGUCCGGCGUACCAGGGCCUCAUCUCUUCAGUUGAUCAGCCAUAUGAAACUUCCUACUAUGCUGCGGAUGGGCAGUUGUUGGUCGAGGGAAGCAAUAGUGUCCUUGGGUCUGUAGUCGCACCUACCGACAUGUGUGUCGUGGCGUGCCCCAAGCUCUUGGUAGCCUCUAUGCGUCGUCUGUUCUAUCAUCCGUACGCCGGUUUUGGCAGCUCGAUGAACUUCAGCAUUAUUCGGCUGCGAUUCAAACAAGCGGAUAUUGACUUUGCUCUUCGGUCCUUUAUACUUUUCGCUAACCACACUGCGCGCGAAAUAAUGCAUAACGGCUACUGGGCGGACUUUAUCAAUCCGCUUACUGGUCGCGCCCACUUCCGGGCUGCCCACUCCAACCGGAAACUAUGUCGCGAGGCCCAGUUCUUUGGCCGUGGGUUGUCCUUAACCAAUAACAAUGGCUGCACCAUUAUCAAGGAAGAAAAAAGCGACCAGUUCACCGGCUGCAUCUUCACGGACACACCCUGCAAGGUCCUCGAGUCGUGGUGCUCUUAGAGGAUCAUGAGAUCGCCGCACAACUGCUCAUUUCCAUGUCUGUGAUUGUGUACGCAUUAAAAUCGAGUUAAGAAAUCAUGUCUCCCAACGACGAGGACUAUUUCCGCAAAUUUUACGUAGUGCAUUUUGAUCAUUUUCAUUUCGAUAAAGCCGAUAGGGGCAGUCCCUUUACAUUACCUGUAUAUCCAAAUUUUGAAAUUUUACAAUUUGAUGAUGUCUUUUGUAAAUGAACAAGUGGCUGUUAAAUCGGGUUUACCACCUCUCUUAAAAAGGCGAUGAUAAAUGGAGCCGGACAUGUUGAGCAUUUGCAUAUUGUUUUAUAAUUUUAGAAAAUAUAUUCUCCUGGCUAUUCAGAUGUCUUUAUUUACUGUAUAUAAAAAACUUUAUCAUAAAAUGACAAAAUAAAUAUAGAAAUGUUGA